GGGAGAAACGAUAACAACAACAUCAGCGGCGGCUCCGGUACCGGCCUUGGCCUGUCGGGCUCAGGGAGGCGGCGGCGAUGAUAAUGAUGUGCGCUCUUUGACCAUGGCGAGGAUACCGACCCCGGGAGCUCCGGCUCCGAGUCACCAGCUGCAGCGGGCCGCUGCCCGGUUAGUGGUUGCCUGCCUUCGGCCGGGGAAGUGAGGAGUGUCCCAGCCUACACCCGGUCCCGGAGCCGCCGGUCCGUUCGUGUCGGUCGUUGCUGGGCUCGAAGCGGAAGAUGGCGACCGGAGUCAGUUGGCAGCAACAUUACAGCGGCGGCGCCGGCAAAGCGGGCCAGGCCGGAGGAGCUGCCCAGUACAACCAGGAGCUGCACCUGAAGAUGAGCAAAAAGAUAGCGCAGCUGACCAAGGUGAUCUAUGCCUUAAAUACUAAAAAUGAUGAACACGAGAUUGCUAUCCAGGCACUCAAAGAGGCACAUGAGGAAGAAAUCCAACAAAUCUUUGAUGAAACAAAAGAGAAGAUUCUCCACUAUAAGGAUAAAAUCGAUAGAGAAACAGAAUUACGGAAGAAAAUUCAAUCUUUGGAAGAAUCUCUGGAACAGCAUGAACAGAUGAAACAGCAAGCACUCGCAGAAUUUGAAGCCUAUAAGCAGCAGGUAGAAGAUGCACGGCUUGCUACAGAGACUCAUCAAUUGCAAGGUGUUGCGAUUAUGUCUAGAAAUAUCCAAGAAAUUAAGGAAAACUUUGAUGAUAAAUUACAACACUUUAUCCAAUUAGAAACCCAGUUAGGAGAGAAUAAACAACAAACUGUGGAAGAUUUGCAGGCAGCUCACAAGCUUGAGAUCCAGAAUUUGUUAAGGACACAUCAUGACCAGCAUGAAACUUCAAGUAAACAACAGGAGAAGAUACAGCAGCUGCUCAAAGAUGAGCUAACUGCUGCGAAUACUAAAAUUCAAGAUCUUACACUUGAAAAGCAAAAGCUAGUGGAAGAAUUUGAAGCCAAAUUGAGCAAAGCUCAAGCCUUUUAUGAGCAUGAGAUUGAAGCUUUAAAAUCUCGACACUCCUCAGAAAAUUUGCUUCAAUGGAAAAAGAAGGAAACUCAGCUAAAGAUGGAAUUUCAAAUCCAAGAGAUUGAUUUAAAAAAGGCAUUAGGUGAGCUGCAGGCAGAAUUGCAGCUCACUCAGGAGGAUGACAAUGAAAUGAGGAACAAAUGUGAACAGUUUCAAGAAGCAUUAAACAAAGCAGAAAACAAUGUACAAGUGCUUCAGCAACAGCUGGAAGACAGUCAACAGAAAGCUGAUGGUACUGUUGCCAAACAAAAGCAGUUAGAAGAUGAACUGGUUGCUUGUAAACAUCACAUUCAACAGCAGUCCACAGAAUUGCUACUUAAAACAAGCCAGAUUGGAACCCUUCAAGCUACUCAAUUGACCCUCGAAGCUACAAUUCGGGAACUGGAAUCACAGCAUUGCAGAUUAAAGGAGAGGUUAUCUCAUGUUGAAGAAGAAAAGAGCAUCUUGCAAGACAACCACCAGACCUUGGAUGAGCAACAGAGACAGCAAUUACUGACUGUUGAGAAGUCCUUAAAUGAAGAAAAAGAAACACAGAGGCGAUAUUAUGAAGAGGAGAUAGCAAGUCUGCAGUUUAAACUUGAAGAGGAAACUAGAUAUCUAAGAGAGACUUUCAGAACCAGUAUGGAAGAGUUGUCUCAAAUACAUCAGUCGACAUUAGAAUCUGCUCAAGACGCACAUGAAAGAGAAAAGAAAAAGUUGUGCUUGGAAAUGGACCAAAAUCUUGAGAAGGAACGGCUGCGAAUGGAAGACGAGAAAAAUCAGUUAAAACAGCAAAUGGAAAACCUGCGGGAAGAGUUGACUGCCAAGUUAAAUACAGCCAAUCAAGAGGUGCACCGUUUGCAAGAGCUUGUGAAGAAAAGUGAACAAGGCCUAGGUUCAGCUGAAGGACAUAUUUCCAGCCUGAAGGAUGCGCAGGAAAGGCUACAAAAAGAUCUGGAUUCUACCAGGGUCAAACUCAGGGAGACAAGUGAUUCCCUUUCUACUGUGCAAGGAGAAUUGGAACAACAAAGACAGGAUUAUGAGGCAAGACUUACUGAAGCAAAAGAAGAGGAGAAACUCAAAUUGAAAACAUUAGAAAAAGAUUUGGAACAAAAAUGGAAAGCAACUGUAAGGGAGCAGCGAGCAAAACUGUGUGAGGAGUUAGAAAAACAACAUGAAGAAGAAAAACGGUCUGCUCUGGCCCAACUAUCCCAUCUGAAGGACCAGGAAAAUAGUGUGGAGAAAGAAGUUUGGCAGAAAAAGGUGGAAGAUCUUCUGAAUCAGAUAUCUUUGCUAAAACAAAGCCUGGAAAUGCAGUUAUCCCAGUCCCAAGAUUCCUUGCAAAAUCUACAGUGCCAGUUCAACCGUGAGAGACAGCGACUCACACAGCAAAUGGAAGGGAUGGAAGAAGAACACAAACGCAAACUGGCAUCUAUGGAAGAUGCACACAGGAUUGCUCUCAGAAACGUGGAGGAAUCCAAGGACCGUGAAUGCAAGCAAUUGGAAGAAUGUUUGAAUCAGCAACAUAUGAUUGACAUACAAGCUCAAAAGGAUGCUGAGAGAAUGAAUUUGGAGGCUUUACAAAAGGAAGCGAAGCAACAACUACAGGAAUUGAGGGCAGAGCUGCAGGAUGAAGGGAAAUUACUGCUUGUCUCUCUCCGUUCAGAUCUCAAUUAUCAGCAUUCUGUUGCAAUGGAUAAGCUGAAACAAAAUAACCAGCAGGAAAUGGCAGCUGUGAGGAUGGAAUUAGAUCAGACUGUUGAGCAGCACAGACAGCAGAAGAAAGAAUUACUGAGCAGAAUAUCUAAUCUACAAGAGGAGGUACGGCAUUGUGAGGACCACAUAAAAGAACUGAAUGAGGAGAGCCUGUCUAUGCAUAACAAUUUAAGCACCUUGACCAAAGAGCUAGAAUACAAAGGAAAUGAAGUUCUGAAGAUACGAAGUGAAGUCAACCAGAAAAUUAGGACCUAUGAACAGGAAAUGGUUAAGAAACAGGAGAAGAUGAUAAAUGAAAUGACUGCAACCCACAUCCGGGAAACACAGUGCAUGCUAGCAGACUUCAACAAGGCACAGGAUCUCCUGAAGGAUAAAAUUUCUUCUCUGGAAAUCUUAUUGGAAGAGGCUGAAGAAAAAUACAGUAACAGAGAGUCCAGAGCAGAGGAUUUACAGUUAAUCACUGAAUUAAAGGAAAUGAUCACAGAAAGAGAUCAGCUUGCGAAAAAACUGAUGGAUGACAAAAAAUUUUACCAGCUGGAACUGGUGAACAGAGAAACAAAUUUCAACAAGGUUUUUAAUGCUAGUCCUAACGUAGGAGUUAUCAAUCCUCUAGCUAAGAAGAAAAAGAAUGAAAGAAUUGCCAAUCGGUUUGUCAGUGCCCCUAAUCUUAGUGCUUUGGAAUCUGCUGGAGGAGGAAAUGGGCAACAUCAGCAUAAUCGCCUGGAACCAAUUCCAAAUUCUCCAGUUCAUGAUAUUGGUUUGAAUAGCAACAAACCACUCCCCCAGACAAUACCUCCAAAAGAGGCAAAAAGAUUUCAGAGCAGGAAGGAUGGUUACUUGGAGGUGUGAAGCAUGCUGUCGCACAGAUUAUUAACAUAGAUAUACAUUGAUGGGUCACCUGUCAGAAAAUGGCUCAUGUAUAUGUUGCAAGAAAAUGAGAUUUUUCUUAGAGGUUCCCAAUUGACCUUCUACGAAUACUGGCUGUGUAGUACUUCCUGAUAACUAGUGGACUAAAUGAACCUUCAGGGAUCUCUUUGCUGUCUGCUGUAGAAAAUGCAGCAGGUUUGACCAAAUAACUUUUCUCAAAGUAUGCUAUAUUUAAAACAAAGACAAUAGAGAAUUUAAACUGUAGGCUACUUCAUUAGGAAUAACAUCUUUUUUAAAAUUAAAAACGAAUGAAUGUUGUUAAACUUUUUUCAGUGCAUGUUCUGAUAGAAGAUUUUGUUUUCAAAACUGGAAUUGUAAUACGUACAUAGUUCUUAGAUAAAAUUUUAUUUCUGGUUUCAGAUCACUUCUUCAUAUUAAUUGUUAAUGAUGGUGUUUAGCCUACUGGCUUAUAUGUCAGUACUCUAUGCCAUUAAAGUUACAGCUUCUUCAGCUGAGAUUUUUGUCCCUCAACCCACUUCUCUUCAUUUAAAAUCAAGGGAUUAUACUGUGGCAAAAUUAGACAUGAUCAUCAGAAACUAGAGCUUGUACCACAUUGUAAAUAAUUAUUAAAAGCAAACAUAAUCCAAACAAAUUAUUUGUAAUUCCGCGGGAGCUGCUACGUCAUUUUAUAAGGUUUACAGAAGUUUAUGUAAUUUGAUAUAUAUAAAAGCAGCAAAGGAUUCUUGCAGCUUUAUCUA